GCUGAUUUCAGUUGCUCGAGAUCGUGUCACGCGACGUUACAACAUAUAUCUCAUAACCGACGACGUCUUCAUCGCGAGGACUCUACCGUAAUAAAUUCGCCGACUUGAGCAAAUCCAACCACAGAAUCUUAUAGAAAAUGGCUCCACCUACGUAUGGCGAUCUCGGCAAGAAUGCCCGCGACGUUUUCGGCAAGGGAUACCACUUUGGCCUGCUGAAGCUCGACGUCAAGACCAAGACAGACUCCGGCGUCGAGUUCUCGUCCGGUGGCGUCUCCAACCAGGACACCGGCAAGGUCUUUGGCACCUUGGAGAGCAAGUACAAGAUCAAGGAGUACGGUCUGACCUUCGUCGAGAAAUGGAACACAGACAAUACCCUGGGAGCCGACAUCACCCUCGCCGACAAGCCUCUCCAGGGCUUGACCAUCGGUUACAGUUCCACCUUCUCCCCUCAGACUGGUAACAAAACUGGUAAAUUGAAGACCACAUACAAACAUGAGAACAUUGCUGCCACUGCAGAUUUUGAUCUCAGCCUCUCAGCUGGCCCUCUAAUCAACGCCUCUGCUGUAGUUGGAUACCAAAGUUGGUUGGCUGGUUACCAGGUUGGUUUUGAUUCUCAAACCAGCAAAAUCACCAAGAACAACUUUGCUCUUGGUUUCAAUGCUUCUGAUUUCCAUCUUCACACAUCUGUUGAUAACGGACGUGAAUUUGGAGGAUCUAUCCAUCACAAAAUCAAGCCUGAUUUGGAGGGAGCUAUUAACCUUGCUUGGAACUCUAGCAACAAUGUCACACAAUUCGGUCUUGGUACCAAGUAUGAUCUUGAUCGCGAUGUGAGUGUAAGAGCUAAGAUCAAUUCUCAACUGCAAAUUGGUUUGGGAUACCAGCAAAAAUUGCACAGUGGUGUAUCGCUCACUCUGUCUGCAAACAUUGAUGGCAAGAACUUUGGAUCUGGUGGACACAAAGUUGGUUUUGCUCUUGAAUUGGAGGCUUAAAUUUCCAAGUCAAAGUGAAUCCUGCCCCUUUAAAAAAAUACUUCAUUACACUGUCUUGCGUCAUAAUGACCAAGUCACGGUUACAAGCUUCAAACCGAUUUUUGCCUGUAAUGUAAUGUAGGUAGACAUGCCCUAGAUGGGUCACUCGAACUUUAACGCAUCUUGUUUUACGAGACAUUAUUGUCAAUUGUUUACACAGCCUACGAUUUUAAAUAUGUAAUUAAAACAUUCAGCGCAAGACGUGACGCAAAUAAAAUAAUUCAUUUAAGAAUCAAAAGAGCUCUGUAUUAAGUGGCUGUAAAAAGCAUUGUGUUUGUUAAAUUUUAAGACAACAACCUCAUCUUGAAUUCUAAGUUAAGUAAAAACGUGACGUUAAAACAAAAAUAGUAUGAAUUAAUAUGGAUAAAUCCAUGAUGAAAUAAUAAUAAAUGAAGUUAUAACGAAACUGGAACUGAACACGUUUUACUUUCACUCAAAAUUUUUAAUACAUUUAUGUUAAUUUUUUAUGUAGUUUAUAGUUUUUAUAGUAUUUCACUGUAUUUAUACGUAUCGUAUUACAUCAUUCACUAGCUUUUUCUGGCAGGUGUGUCAAUAAAGAAGAACAUGGUUAAA